AUGCAUAUUGGCCCAGAGCCGACAACCGACAGAUUUAGUGUUGUUAUGUCUGGGGAUGAAGGCAUUAUUCCUGGGAAUGCUCUUGUUGUCGACGCCCAAAAACCUUUUCGCCCUCUUUCAAAAUUCGGAAAUAAUUUUCUGAACCGCUUUCAAUGUUGCCAACUCCGGAAUCCUGUCCUGGACAGCAUAGUCAUUAUUGAUACACCUGGUAUAUUAAGUGGUGAAAAACAGAGGUUAGAUCGUGGUUAUGACUUCACAGCUGUUGUUCAGUGGUUUGCAGAACAUGUUGACAGAAUAAUCCUACUUUUCGACGCUUAUAAACUUGAUAUAUCAGACGAGUUUAGGCGAGUGAUAGAAUCUCUCAGAGGUUAUGACGACAAAGUCCGUAUUGUUCUUAAUAAAGCUGAUAUGAUUGAUGCACAACAAUUGAUGCGCGUUUACGGAGCAUUAAUGUGGGGUCUUGGUAAAGUAUUAGGGACUCCGGAGGUUGUUAGAGUAUUUAUCGGGUCAUUUUGGGACCGACCACUGCGAUAUGACGUUAAUCGUCACUUAUUUGAGUUGGAGUCACAGGAUUUAUUUAAAGACCUUCGAAGUUUGCCUUCUAACGCGGCCAUGCGAAAACUAAAUGAUAUGAUACGACGAGCAAGGCUAGCUAAAGUACAUGCCUACAUAAUUGGUCAUCUUAAGAAACAGAUGCCUUCAAUCGUUGGGAAAAACAAAAAGAAGCAAGAACUUAUUAACAAUUUACAGCAGAUAUAUGAUUCUAUUUCACGUUUACACCAUGUAUCUCCUGGUGACUUCCCUAAACUCUGUCAUAUGCAGAGUAUUUUGAGUGAACAGGAUUUUACAAACUUCCCCUCUAUUAAAGAAAGGCUUAUUGAACAAGUCGACGUUAUGUUAACUCAGGAGAUCCCCAAAUUAAUGCAGAUGAUACCAAUUAGAUGGUUUCUGUGUAUAAAAGCUGUUAUGGUCAAACAAAGUUUCAAGCACACUCCUUAA